CGUAACGGUUAGCCGUCGUUUUUGCGGCGCCGAUUUUACUGCUGGCCUGCAAUCUUCUUCAAAACUACUCAUAUAUUAUUUCCUUGAAAUCCUCCAGUGCAUCGCUUCUGUGCUCUGGUUUCACUAUUAUUUCCGAAUCUAAUCGCGUUGCCUUCUUGUUUACACCGCCUUAUUGAAAAUACGGAUUAAAGGAAAUAAACAAAAUGAUUGGAUCUUUUCUUACCAGAGGACUCGUGAUGGUUUUUGGCUAUGCAUAUCCAGCAUACGAAUGUUAUAAAACUGUUGAAAUGAAUAAGCCUGACAUUGAGCAACUGCUGUUUUGGUGCCAGUACUGGAUAUUGGUGGCUGUUUUGACAGUUAGUGAGAGAAUUGGUGAUGCUUUUGUUUCUUGGGUUCCAAUGUACAGUGAGUCUAAGUUGGCAUUCUUCAUAUACCUGUGGUACCCUAAAACAAGGGGAACUUGUUAUGUAUAUGACUCCUUUAGACCUUAUGUUGCAAAGCAUGAAAAUGAAAUUGACCAUAACUUGAUGGAACUAAGGACUAGAGUUGGAGAUAUGGCAUUUCUGUACAGGCAAAGAGCUACAAGCUAUGGCCAGACAAGAAUUUUUGAGAUCCUGCAAUAUAUUGCUUCACAGUCAACUCCAAGACCUGACUGUGUUAGGGCUCGCCAACCCUCUGGUGUUAGAAGCCGUCAAUCAUCUAGUAAAGCACAAUCAGCAGAGCCCGAGGCUGAAGAACCACCUUCACUGACAUCUAGCACAUCCUCAACUCAACACGAAAAGGAAGUAGGAGAAGAGGUGGGGACUUCGAAGGUGCCUUCACAGGUGGCUAAACCAACUACCCCUUCAACAUCCUCAAAUGGACAAAAAGCUGAUACUGUAUCCGAAAGAAGUAGCCAGCCUGCAGAAACUGAAACAGAAGCAAUGCAAAUUGAAUCAGUGCCACCUCCCCGUAAUGAAGACACAAACUCUACCCCGAAAGAAACUCUCAUAGAAGACAGCAUUCGACUCACACGUGGUAGAUUGAGGAAAACCGCUCUGCAGCCCAUUGAAGUGAUGGUGUUAAUUCCAUUUCUUUUUAGUUUACUGAACUAGCACGUAAAUGGUAGGGUGU